GUUCGAAUGGUCAUCCUACGAUACAAUGUUAAUUUUACGACAUGUUAUUCAGUUAUCUCGCAGAUUUACGUACAUCUACGUUGUGCGGUAAUAAUACCUGCUUCUGUGCAUUUGUUUGUGAUUAUCGUCUAAUCACACGGAUGACAACCGAGCACACAUGAGAAUUGGUCCUAAUCGUGCGAAACACUAUUAGUGGCCUUGAUGAAACAUCUGAUUCGGGACAGCAGUGUACUUAAUUCGACUCAUUUAACACGGCAAUCAAAUAUUCUCAUGUAACUAAGGUUCGAACCUGCCUUUAUGAAGCUAAUAAUAUUAGCGAGUGGUAUAGUUAUGAAGCUGUCUUAUUCAUAAUCGGCCACGCUUGUUAUGCACUUUCGUUGAGGUAUAUUGUCAGCCCAGAUAAUUGUAACCUUGAAUAUAUUUGCGAAUCGAAAGUGAGAAGAGGGCUAAAGAGAGUUUCCGAUCCCGCGCCGAGUUCGCGGAUCUGUUGUGUCGCGCGAGAAAGGCAUCAGUAAGAAGCUGGAGCUAACCUAAAAUGCGAACAUCCGUGAACGUUGACACGCUUAUACUACUGGGAAUUCAUUUGUUUUAUUGGCCCAUCGAUACGGUAUCGGCCAGCGGCGGAGCUCUCGAUUCUACCCCUACUUUCCAGACCGCCGGUGCUUCCAGCACUUCACAUUCCAAGAUAACAGCAUUCUCCGCUACCCUCACUGAUGGACUGGCUCAGGCAGUGGCUCAUGAGUCCACCACGGACACCUGUAACGACGACUUAGCCUGCAUCACGAUGGCUUCUCACGAUCGACUAGGUUUAGAGGCUAUAAAAUCUCUUCACAGUCAGCUGGACGAUGACGCUAAUGGAAAUGUUGAUUUGUCUGAAUCCGACGAUUUCCUGAGAGAAGAGCUGCAAUACGAGGCUGGUUACGAGCGCAGACAAAGAGCUUUCCAUCAUAAUGAUGACAUGCACAUUAGUGUACGAGAACUUUGGGAGGCUUGGUUACGAUCUGAAGUUCACAAUUGGACUAUAGAACAAACAUCAGAAUGGUUAACUUCCAAUGUUGAGCUUCCGCAAUAUGUUCCUACUUUCAUACAACACCGUGUAACAGGUGCCACGCUUCCUCGAUUGGCUGUGAACAAUAUGCAAUAUCUUAGCAAUGUUUUGGGUAUCAAAGAUCCCAUCCAUAAACAAAAAAUUGCCUUAAAAGCGAUGGAUGUUGUUCUUUUUGGACCCCCCAAAGAUGCUGGACAUAGUGUUAAAGACUUGGUUUUGGUCACGUUGUUAUUUGGAGCACUUAUUGGAUGCUGGUACGCAUAUCAACAGAAGAAGAACUCGCAGAAGCAUCUUCAUAGAAUGAUGAAAGAUAUGGAAAGCUUACAUAAGGCAGAACUUGCACUGGAAGAUUUACAGAAAGAAUUGGAGAGGGCAAGGAUGGAACAAGAGAGCACAGCUACCGAAAAACAGAAUCUAGAGAAACGUUUACAAGAUGAAAGUUUGGGAUUACAUACUUCGUAUUCGGAUCUCGAAGUAUCGCAAUUAAAAGCAGAAAUUGAGAUGUUAAAACUAGAGUUGCAACGGGCAGAGGGUGAACUUGAAGAUAGAUGUUGGUCACCACCGGCUGGGCUACAACAUUGGUUGCAAUUAACUCAUGAAAUUGAAAACAAAGCAUAUACAAAAAAGAAAAUAGCAGCUGAAAAGCAACUUCAACAAGCACGAGAAGCGUGCGAAAAAUUGCGGAAGAAACGUUCCAGCUUGGUGGGCGCUUUUGUAUCCACUCAUGGGAAAUCCAUCGACGAAGUUGACAAGAGUAUUGUUGAAGCGAGAACUGCCCUGAAUGAAGUAACAGCCGAGCUUCAGGAAAGAGUAUAUCGUUGGAAACAAAUUGAACUUCUUUGCGGUUUUAAUAUAAUCAACAAUAAUGGAUUAAGCUAUUUAGAAACAGUUUUAUACAGAGGAACACCUAAUGGUAGAGGUCUUGGAUUCAGAGGACGACUCAGUAGCCAAGAUGAUUUAGAUGAUGAGGCAAGUUCUGUGUAUACACCAUCUACGGUCGGUGUUGCAGGUACUCUGGAUAAUUCGGGGUGGAAAGAGUCGUCGAUGCCGCCGGAUUCGUCGAGCAGCGAGGCGGACAGGGAUACGCAGCCCGAGGCCGUCCACUUCGUGCUGGGCGACGGCCCGGAUGAGUCGGGUGGAGUCUCCGGGAAGAUCGUAAUGUGCAAAGAAAAGACUGGCAGCAUCGUACGUUCUUACAGCCAAGACACGAACAUGCUGCUUAAUGAGGACAAAGCUACCUCGUUUCUGCCGAAAACGUCGUACUCGGAAAAUUCUCUCGACGUUUCAGACAGACCCGGCGGCUAUCGUCUUGCCACUACGAAGAACGCGAAGAAAUUACUUCGGGAAUUACCCACAGUAAUGUCAGUCGACGACGAGACGCUCUCAACCGAUUCCAAUUCUACCGCAGACAACGACGAGCUUAAACGAAAGCGCAGGAAGCUACACUUUCCUGCCUUUAGGAAGAACAAAACUAAAGUUACGUGAUAAACCGCUAGUCACAUUAUGUCCUUUGUUACUUAAUUGUUAUCCGUUAUAUAGUUAUUAGUUGUAAUCGCGACGUGCACUUAAGAGUUAUUCUACCAAUAUAAAAUCAUUAUAUUCUGUCAGUCCGAUGCGAUAGGCUUUUAAUUAAAUGUAACGUGAUUUCUGACGAAAGGCGCCUGUAAAAAGUCGUGAUAACGCUUGAAUCUCAGGAAUUGCGACUCGGCAAUUCGUAGCGCUGUAAAUACUUUUUGUUAGGAAUCACAUUGCAAAUUAACGAGCAAAAGCCUGAAGGUCGCAUCUUUUGUAGGUCUAAGUGCGAGACGAAAGUUAUUGUUUCGCUGAGAAACGGUGCAUUCUCCGCGCUCAUUCACCUGAUAAAUCACUCCAUUGUCGCAGUUAAUUCAAUCUAAACUCACGAAAAACAUAUUUUAGAUCUUCGCGAUCAUCCGAUCGAAAAUAUAUGCAUAUAUGUCGUAGUGAUUGAUCGUAGAAUAGCGGCAAAAAAUAUGUUUUUACGCUGAAUCGACUAUUUCGGGCAAUUAUUGAAUUUGUCGCAAGAAUUCUACUUGCGAAGAAUAUAUAUUAAAGGAUACAACCAGACCAAUUUUAAUACAAUGGAGAAGAUCUACCAGACACAAAUGCGUAACAACAUUUCAAGCGUGCUUCAGUUAUUUGUGUUUCGGCGAAAUAAUCAUUUUCAUCUCGAAUGCGAGGCGACGUUUCUGUGUGAUAAAUUGUAAUUAUUAGCAAAUUAUUAGCGUGACACCACACACAAGACACACACGCUCUCUCUCUCUCUCUCUCUCUGUCGCGCGCGCGCGCGCGCGCGUAUAAACUCAUGAAAAAGAUAACGAUCGAUUUAGGACAUUUGAUGCUCAGAUGUUCUUUUCGUGUUUUGCCAAAUUUGCGUGCACGCAAAAUAGUUAUUACGAAACCAAUUAGUAGAUACACGUUGAUAAAUGACGUUUGAUGUAGAUAAAUUUUUUACGAGCAAUAUAUUCGAAAGUUCUAAUUGUGACAAUACACACAUACACACAUACACGUACGCGCGCGCGUGACACACACCACACACACGCGCGCACGCACGCACACACACACGCGCGCGCGCGCACACACACAGGGUGUACCAAUCAUUCUCAGUUCCCGUGGUGUACAGGUAGAACAGAUGAAAUUGAGCAGAAAAGUCAUGUGCCAUUUUGCAAAAUUCGCAAUAGUUAGUGAGGAACGAAUUAUUUUGUCUCAAUUAAUGAGCACACGGAAAGGGAUAGGUUAGAUUCUAUAUAAAAAAAAUGGCUUACUUCUCAAGAUCUCCUAAUAACAAAGUGUAUUAACUGAUAACGAGAGGCAUGUUUUUUGUCAGCGCAUAGCCUUCUGUCACAUGGCGCUCGUUACUCCGCCUUUAGAAAUCAGUUGAUAUUCAUCGUUGCUAAGAGGCCUUAAGAGGUAAACAAUUUUUUUUUAUACAAUGUUCUACCCUUUGGUCUACCCUUUCCCGUGCUAGACAGACUCAGCUCAGAUAAAAUAAUUAAUUUCUCACCAACUGUCGCAAAUUUUGCAAAAUAUGACUUUUCUGCUCAGUUUCAGCCGUUCUAUCUGCACACCACGGGAACCGAGACGGUUUAGGAUAUUCUUUUUUUCGGCAUAUAUUUUGGGAGAAACUGAAUGUUCUCCAGGCGACACAUUUUUAAGAAAUAAAAUUUUUUUACGGUGGGAAACGUUAAUAAUAAUGAUAAUUAUUAUUAGCUUAAUUUUCUUUGUUGCGAUAUAAUUCCGUAGUUUAAGUCAUUAUCGGUGUAAUAGACUCCCACCAGACUGGACACAAAUUCGCAAAUUCAACUUUGGAAUCGUUCUCGUGGUAUUGAUUCUUACGAGUUAGAAAUAACACGCUGUUCCUUCGUAAAACGGUCCAAUUUUUACCGUUAACCGUCCAUAUAUAUUGGUAUAAUAUAUAUAAUUAAUUUUCGGCGCACUUCGACAGAACGAAAAGAAAAAAACGAAUUUUAUACAUUUGUAUAACGUGUACUAAUAAGUAAAUUAUAAAACACCAUGCGAAAUCUUAUCGCGAACGUUUGAGUUAAUCGAUCACCGGAAAGAAGAUUUAUUCCCUUCGGAGACAAAACAUAUCCUAAUCGGAGGAAGCGUCGGGUUUCUCGAAUCAGUCCACCUUAAUUGCAUCCAAUUGCAAUACGAAUUUUUAGAUUGUAGCAAGGAUACGACACGUAGAAACCGUUUUUGUUCUUUCAUCUUGUAAAUUCUUCACACAAUUCACUUCAAAUUUUUCACACACACACACACACACACACACACACGCGUGCGCGCGCGCGCGUCACAUAGAAUAUUGACUGGCGAUUGCUUCACGAAUCUUGGAAAUUCUGUUUCCUUUCUCCUUCGAAGAAGGUUGCAACAAUAGGUACGCUUUGACGAUAUAUUUUAACAAUGUACUUCUGUUCUUCGACGAUCGAUUUUCUUUCGAUUUGUAUGCGCUAGCUCAGAAUCAAAUUACUUUCAACAUGUAUUGUAGCGAGGCUGGGGAAUCCUCAAUCUUAUUGACUCGCUAAUCAUUAUCAUUAUUCCACGCUCGCGUAUAUGAGGCACAAUAACGACAAUUGUUCCCACUAUGCUCGUUUGUGUUGGCGCAUUAUAUUUCCUUAUUUGUGUUACAUCUGAUUAUUCCUCGCAGAUAACGCUCUAGUAUGUUAGACAACUUCCAUUUUAUGUCUACCUUCAGGAACGGUGUUUAAUUGCUGUUACCCCAAUGAUUUCGGCAACGGAAGAUCUGUCAUUGUUGCGAGCAGACUGACACAUUUAAAUCUCGGUUAACUGAAGAUUCGUGUUGAAGGAAUAUUCAUGCUUUCUUCUCUUUUUUGUUUUCUCUUCUUCUAUUCGUGCUUAUCGCCUCGCGGAAUCACACAAGAGGCAGGAAUAUUCCCUGCGCAUUCCACAGGCACAGUAAUAAUUCGUGAUUACAAUUAGUUAAGAUUAGCGAUUGUGCAAUGCAUCACGUAAUAACGACGAUCAACACUCUUCGCCUCGACAAUUUUCUGCUCUAGCGCGAGGCUAGCGUUUUUUUUUUUACAUAAAAAGUUACGCACAACUGUCGAUCAAUAAGAAACAAUAAGAAGCGCCUUCCACGUAAUAUACCUUUUGUAUAUCGUGUUAGUUAUACAGUUGAGAUGAUCCCGAUCGCUAGGUUCUCCCGUGAGGAAGGGGUCGUUGACGUCGGCGGUUAUGUAAUCCAAAAUCGAUCUUUUAACAGUGUGUAUUCAUGUUUGCAUGCUGUAAAGCAGUUAGUAUUAAUGUUUAUACAUACAGCUAGCAAUACAUCGACAAAGUAUUAUGCUGUUUUUAACAAACACAUACAAUGCAAUAAAUUUUAAUAACGUAAUAGCGGCACAAAGAGAGAAAUUAAUGAGCGAAAUGAAUAUUGAACGAGAAUAGGCAGCGCGCAUACGCACGCAUUUUUAAGAUCCGCAAUAGUAACGUUAUUUGAACCAACAGAUAAACGGACGGAAAUACGAGACUAAAAUGCGUCAGCUUCACCGCAGUAUCUGAUUUCGUGACGAAAAAAGAAAAAUCGAGUUGCGCUCUCUCCAUAAAACGUUCUUCCUUAGGAUAUUUCGAGAAACGAUGAUUUUAUAUUUACAAAGGACAGUUUCUAAGGCUAUAUAUCUCGCUAUGUAUUAUUUUUUUUGUUGGAAUGAUCGAUAGAUCCGAAUGUGUGAGAAACCCUAUUAGUUGAACAGUAUGCGAUCAAGUUACUGUUGAGGAUUUUUACGCCGUUAUUUCGCGCCUCGUACGAAUCUUUAUCGAAGUUGAAUAUAUUUUAGAUAAGAAAUAGCCACAUUUUUAAUUAGCGUCCGUAUUUAAAUUAUUCUUAAUAUAUUAUUGCGAUGUCGCUCACGAAUACGGCGCGUCUUCCCUGUAAUACAAAAGUGACAUUUUAUAAAAAUAAAUGCAGCAAGUUUUAUGAUGAA